AUGCGUGCUCAAACAUAUGAUGGUGCCGCUAACAUGAGUGGUUGUUACUCUGGAUGUAAGGCAAGGGUGCAAGAACGACAACCACUAACAUUCUUUUUCCACUGCGGAUCACAUGCUUCAAAUCUUGUAAUGCAACAUGCUGUAACAUCUUGUCAAUUAAUUCGAGAUUCUCUGCAGUGGUUGAAUGAGCUAGGUGUGCUUAUGAAGAGAUCUGGCAAGUACAAAGCGAUAUUCCUGACAAUUUGUGAAUCAACCGAAGAUGACAAUGUGCAUCCCACAGCGAUCAAGCCCGUUUGUGCCACCAGGUGGUUAUGCAGACUAGCAGCCAUACAGUCAGCAUUUGAUCAGUACCCUGCUAUUCUCCAAAGUUUGCAAGAAAUGGCACGUGGUAAAACGGACACUGCUACAAAAGCAAACGGUUUACUUGAUCGGUUUCAGAAGGGGAAAGUCUUUCUCGGAUUGAAGAUGGCAGCUAAGCCAGUGGCGAUCCUGGAACAGUUGAAUAGCGCACUUCAAGCAAAGUCAGCAAAUGUCUCUGGAAUGUUAGAAGCUGUUAAGACAUCAUCAACACAUAUCAGCGCUCAGCGCACAGAUGAAGCAUUCCAUGAAUUAUUCUCUGCUGCUGAAGAAAAAUGUGAAGAAUACCAACUGGAUCCACUGGAAGUGCCUCGGAUACGAGUCCCCCCAAGCCGAUACACAGGCGAAGCAGCUGAGUAUCGGCCUAACAGCUGUGAAGAAUACUACAGGAAGCAGUAUUUCGAGUUCAUCGAUGUCAUAGUAACAGGUCUGUCAGACAGGUAUGACCCUGACAAAUCUGGCCUAGCACAGUACUUGAAGCUAGAGACGCUGUUAACAUCUGGGAAAGUUGACAAAGAUGUGGUGUCAAAGUAUCCUGAACUUGAUAGUCUUACUUUGCCAAUUCAGCUAGAAAUGUUCAAGCAAACAUACAAGGCCGAAUCGUUGCAUGAGCAAAAGUCACUUAUCGGAGUAUGGAACAUGCAGUGCGCUUAUUGUUUCCCCAAGUGCUGGUUCUACUGA